GCGCAGCAUGGCCUCCCCCCUUCCAGGGAAGCUCUCCAGGAAAGCGGCCCGCGUGGAGACCACCCACCACUCCCGAGAGACGUCGACGGUCCGCGUGGAGACGUCGUCCCGCAGCGUGGAGACGUCUUCCCGGCAGGUGCGGACGUCUUCCCGCCAAGUGGUGGAGGCGUCGCAGCGCCUGGGCGAGGGGAAACGGGCCCCGCAGGUGCUCGAGGUCUCCUCCGAGCGCGUGGAGACGUCCUCGCAGCGCACCGAGAUGUCCUCGCGCCAAGUCAGGGCGUCGUCCCGGCGGGUGGAGACGUCGCUGCACCGCGUGGAGAGCCCGUUGCGGGCGCGUGACAAGCCCGCGGCUCGCCCGAAUGUGAAAACGGCCUGGUGAGGUGCAGGGCUGAUGCCCUGAGGGGUCAAGGGCCCAGCGCCCAGGCUGGACGAGGCCCGCCAGAUUGCAGCCAGCAGGUGGCCCCAUCUUUGGUUUCUGAGAACAGCUCAGAAAUCAAUGGAAGAAGUCAUCAGGUUGCUUCGUCGGCGCCCAGCCAGCUUGCAUCGACUGCCCUGCAUCCUGAACACUUU